GCGCUCAUUGCUAUUUUGUUCUCGACAAGCCUCUGUCAGGCGCGAAUGCUCCCAGCUGCGUGGCAACAAGUGAUGCCACUGCAAUCGGAGAAGGACGACCCUGUUAGGGAAUAUGAAGGAACCACGCCUUCAGGGAAGGAAGACUAUUCAGAUUACAGAAGCGGUUACGAUGACUACGAGAGAGCUGAAGGAGACGCCGAUAAUGAAGAAAGAGGUAAUUCGUAUCCGAUGGAAAAUGAAGAUGCCAUGCUCUCUCGUCUCGGUCUUGUUCUCUCUGGAGGCGAUGCCACCCUGAUGGACUCUACGCAGCAGCAGACGAAGCCAGCAAAACCUGAGAACAGCAGCAGGAAACUCAAGCGUGAAAGAAGACAAACAUCUCUGUCCUUAGCGAGCGGCAGAAACUCCAAUCGCCGAUAUAGGCGUACAACAAUCUGUAUGUAUGAAUGUUGAUACCGGACGUGAAUGUUUCAAUUUCUUUUGGACUUGGAUAUGGCAGUACCAAAAGUGCAACAUGUCCUUCUGAGGUAAGAACGUAUGGUAUAUUCAGAACGCUUC